UAGCAUCACCUUUACCUCUGCUUAACAGCGCAAAGUCAACAGACCUGUGGAGUAGUUUGCUGAUAUUAUCAGAGGAAUGCCGCCUAGCUCGCUUCUUUGCUGUGUUAAAAUCGCCUUUGUUUGUUUUCGGACCAUAUAUGCCGAUUUACCUUACGUGGCAGAAUGGCAGUUCAGAUUUGUAUUACCUCUACUAUAAACUUUGCCAGUCCCUAAGUUCGUGUCGUGUCUAAGUCCCACUGCUGCGGCGCACUCUAAGCUGAAAGUAUCUAUAGUGAUGUCAAGCCUCGUGAAGUAUUUGAGCUGCAACUGAAUCUGUUUGACCCAGAAAUCCACAGCAAAAGUGAUAACCAAGCCGGAGGAAAUUGCCAAACUCUACAGAGAGCUCAGCCUCUUUCCCUCUUUAAGCAGAGCAGACGUGGGACCUGUUAUCACCUCUCAGUACGGAGGCAAAUACAGCAACAUAUACACAGAGUGGAUCCAGCGUGAUCUGGAGAGAAAUGAGAAUGUCAAAUUUUGCAGACAGUACAUUGUUUUCCAUGAUGAUAAGUCGGUGGUCUACUCUGGUACUUCUGGAAACUGCACUGAAGUCAAAGGAGAACUUCUAAGUAAGGACUCUCCCUCUGGUGAAAUGAAGGCAGUUGUCAGAGAAUGCACUGUCAAAGGAGAGGAGAAGCAGUUUCUGGAGAUCUGGAGUAAAAACAUCAAGGUGAAGAGCAUCAACCUAACAGCUUUAAAGAAACAUGGCAAAGUCUAUGAGGAUGAGCAGUUUGGCAGCUUGGUUUGGUCGCACUCUGAAACACACCUCUUGUAUGUUGCUGAAAAAAAGAGGCCUGAGACUAAAUGCUUUUUCCAGACAGAGUUGCCAGAGUUGUCUUCCAUUGAAGAUGAGGAGGAGAUCAUGAGGGUGGAGAAAAAAGACACGGUUAAAGGGGAGCAGUUUGUCUACUAUGAGGACUGGGGAGAGGCCUUUGUUGGCAAGAGCUGUCCAGUGCUGUGUGUUUUGGACAUAGAGGGGGACAAUGUGUCUGUGUUGGAAGGAGUACCUGACAGCAUCUCCCCUGGACAGGCAUUUUGGGCCCCAGGUGACACAGGUGUGGUGUUUAUAGGCUGGUGGCACGAGCCUUUCAGACUAGGCCUGAAGUACUGCCCCAAUCGGAGGUCAUCUUUGUUUUAUGUCGAUUUGACGGGUGGGAAAUGUGAGCAGCUUUCGUCGGACACCAGUGCGGUGUUUUCCCCAAGGCUGAGCCCCGAUCAGUGCCGAAUUAUUUAUCUAGAAUGUUCUGUAUAUGGGCCACAUAUGCAGUGCUGCAAGCUUUGUAUGUAUGACUGGUACACUAAGAAGACCUCAGUGGUUGUGGAUAUAGUUGGACGACCAAGAGAAGAUGGCUUCACUGGCAUCUACAGCAGUCAGUUGUCGCCAAAGUGUUGGUCAGCUGACAGUCAGCGAGUUGUUGUUGCUUGUCCUCAGCGCAGCCAAAUGGAUCUCUUGGUGGUGGACACAAGCACAGGAAGCAUCACCUCUCUGACUGCAAAGUCUGAAAUUGGUAACUGGUGUCUUCUGAACAUCGAGCGAGAUCUGAUGGUGGUCAGCUGCUCCUCUCCCAACUGCCCUCCAAAUCUGAGAGUGGGCUUCCUUCCAGGGAAGGGUUCCCAAGAGGAAGUGGUUUGGGUUACUUUGGAGGAGUCUCAGACUUUACCAGAUAUUGACUGGCAGAUCAAGACUUUCACUCCUUCAGAAGGACUAGACAACCAUCAAUACCCGGGGAUUGACUAUGAAGCUGUGCUGAUGAAACCAAAAGAAGUGAAGGAAGGAGUGAAACUACCUCUGAUUGUCCUCCCUCAUGGAGGUCCUCACUCUGUGGUUGUAGCUGAGUGGCUUCUGUCUACCUCUGUGCUCUGCAGGAUGGGUUUUGGUGUAUUAAUGGUAAACUAUCGUGGCUCUCUUGGUUUUGGCCAGGACAGCAUCCUCUCACUGCUGGGCAAUGUGGGUUCCCAGGAUGUCAUGGAUGUUCAGUCUGCUGUUGAAAGUGUCCUAGACGCUGAGUUUGACAGGGAGAAAGUGGCCAUUUCUGGAGGUUCCCAUGGGGGGUUUCUAGCCUGCCAUCUAAUUGGCCAGUACCCAGGGUUCUACAAGGCCUGUGUGGCUCGCAACCCUGUCGUCAAUUUGGCCUCCAUGAUUGGCAGCACGGAUAUCCCGGAUUGGUGUGUUGUUGAGGCAGGAUACGAUUACAGUCCAGAUUGUCUCCCUGAUCCUGCUGUUUGGGAACAGAUGUUAAACAAGUCCCCUAUCAAAUACGUCCCUCAGGUUCGGACCCCAGUGCUGUUGACUUUAGGGGAAGAUGACAAGCGUGUGCCUAACAAGCAAGGAAUUGAAUACUACAAAGCUCUGAAAGCGAAGCAGAUCCCUGUUCGGUUACUGUGGUACCCUGGAAACAACCACUCUCUUUCCAAGGUGGAUGCAGAAUCGGAUGGUUUCAUGAACAUCGCUUUGUGGAUAAUUCAACACUUAGGUCUGUGAUGGAGACAUAAUAAAGACAGCUGCAAAAAGACUAAAGGACAUUAAUUUGUGUAUGCAAACUUAUUUUUUAUGUUAAAAGGCCCAAUCCAAAGCCAAAACAUUGACAAUUGAUCUUCAGCUAGAAUACACUUUAACUGUGCGUAACCAUAGUGUACGCACAGUUACACACAGUUACACACAGUGGGAAUUGCAUAAGAGGAUGACAAACAAUUAAAAAAUAAUAAUAAAACCACACUUGAAUAAAAAUAUUUGAUUCAAUGGAAACAUUUUAUUGAUACUGACUUGAUUUUUUUGUUCUGUAAUUUGAAACAGAAAACCAAAAGGGCUCUUCAUUAUUUUGACUUUCUCUCUGAUUACAUGAAAAAAAUAACACUUAUAAUCAGUCUUUUUUUAGGGAUUUUCUUCUGCUUGGGUGAUUGUAUUAUUUCUUUUAAUUAAAUCUCUUGAUUGUGCCAUUUUUUGCAUUUAAUAAAACAACUGUAAGAAAGCUCACCAUGUCAGUCAAGUUUUUAAAUGCAUUUUUAU